AUGAUCCUUUUUAGUUCCCUUCUUCUCAUUGCUCUUGAGACCAUCUCCGAACUCAACGGAAAUCAGAAACAAUGGAAGUGAUGAGUUUGACUGCUCCAUCUUCACCGAGACAAUUCUCCGGCUGCUUCUUAAGCGCACCAACAAGCCCUAGAAGAAUCACUGAGUUUUACAGAGAGUUCGAAGAGGCCACAACAAGAAACUUCUCCGACCGUCUUACGGUUCCUUUUGAUUGGGAAGAGACUCCAGGAACUCCUAGGACGAUCAUCAACGAUGACGACGACGAUAUUGUCGAUGAUUUCGCUUUCGAGAUUGGUGGGAAACUCGAAACGACGUCGCUUUUUGCUGAAGAGCUUUUUGAUGGAGGCAAAAUCAAACCCUUGAAGCCUCCUCCGUAUUUACAAUUAGACCAUCAGCAUCAGCCUCAGGUUUUAUCUCCAAGGUCUCCAAGAUCACCUAUUGCUCAUGGUAAGAACAUUAUCCGCAAAGCUUUUUCCCCAAGAAAGAAACCGGAAAACGUGGAUCCUUUUGAGGUGGCCAUGGAUAAAGCUCGGAAUGGCGUAGGAGAGGAAAGAGGGAGAGGGAGACGUCAAAACUCGGGUCGUAGAGUUGCUCGAUCACUUUCUCCUUUUCGGGUUUCGGCUUAUCCAUGGGAAGAACAAGAACAGGAACAGAGAGAGGUACAAGAACAGAGGAAAGGGACCUUAUCUUCUAUUCCAUCUACAUCUUCAUCAACUUGCGUGUCUUGCAAGUCAUCUUCCUCAAAGAAAUGGAGGCUAAAGGACUUUCUUCUGUUUCGAAGCGCGUCAGAAGGAAGAGCAAGGCACAACAAAGAUUCGGUAAAGACGUUUUCAAGUUUGUUUAGGAAGCAAGAAGACACCAAGAACUCGAGUUCACGAGGAAGAGGGUCAUCAUCUGUCUCCGCCCAUGAAUUCCAUUACAUGGCUAAGAAAGCAGAAACUAAAGAUUUGAAGAAGAAGACUUUCUUGCCUUACAUGCAAAUAGGACGAUUCGCCUUCUAAUUUAAUUCUUCCAAAGCCAAAAGUAAAAAGAUUUAUUUGUUUGUUCAAUUAUGUUAUCUGAAGGACCAAGUCUCUUCUUCUCUCUUGUGUGGUUGAUUUGUGUUGGGAAGCUUGUAGAAAUUAACGUUUUUUGUGCACAUUACUUUUGCUAUAUGCAUUAGUGCGACUCACAAUAUGUGACUGUCCAUCUUUUACAUUUACACACAAAAUAAAGUCUCGGACUUAAG